UGUUUGAACAUGUACACGGUUUAACUUAUUUGGACUAAUUGAAAACUUUGUUUAUACAAGGGAACUUAACCAGCUGUAGGGCAGGUGAGAUUAUGGCCCUCGAAUGCGAUAUAUAAUAAAACUACAUGGACACAAAUACGUACACAUUAUUUGAAACUUGAUAAGAGCCAAUUAACACGUUCUGAGACUUAUGAAACAGUAUGCAACUAGGAAACACCGCACAACCGGAGGUUAAAAAUCUAUUUCCAUUUUACAUUGAAGUUUUUGCUCUUUGUUCGAAAAACACCCACCCGAGCAACCUGUUGCUCCUGUGUCGCGCGCUAAUGGGUCAUCAAUAACAACACGCCCUGUGCUUUCAAAUGGCUUUGUUUGCCAUGGUAACAAAACAAUGAUUGGCACGUGUUAAAGUCACCGGUCUGCUGCUUUAUACAAAAAUCUUGGGUGGAUGGCUUUUGUUGCAUAGGAAAUGAGCCACACCACGUGGAAUGACAAAUCAGCUCAACUACCCUCCCAGAUCCUUUUACAGCGCAACAAAUGAAUUGUCGCUGAGGAUGUCUGUUCCAAAGUGGUAAAAUCUCGAAAGCUAAAAUUUGAGUUACUUUCGAAAGCAAUGAGACUUGGAAUUCUUCCGCUUUACCUGGUUCAGGUUGUUUUGGUUUUCAAGUUGUCUCGCGGUUUAACCGAGGAGAGUUUAGAAUCAGAAAUAACAAAUGUGCGACCUUUGAAAUGCCCGCACGGGCCUAUACUAACUAAUGUUACACUGCGGCACGAGCUGCGAGCGGGAAAAUUCUCUCGGCUCGGCAUGGCGGCGGACAUGGAUACCUGUAUACAGAUGUGCUGUGAGAGAGAUGACUGCGAGAUGGCUUUUAUGCCCGGGAAACAUUGUUAUGGUGUAGACUGUUUCAGUCAGAAACAUUGCGAGAUUACGACACUCAAACCUGGUAACUUAACCGUGAAGAUUGCAGCAGUGCGACCGAUUGCUGUCAACCCGGCUAAGGACCAGAUUGCAGUCUCUGUGGAAGAUCCGUCGACCCAGGAAGAACUGCACUGCACACAGAGUCCAAUCUUGAAAAACGUUACACUCAGAGGAGGUAUAAAGGCGGGAAAUUUCAGCGACCUGGGCGACGAGAAAAACAUGCACAUGUGCAUUGCGCUCUGCUGCGAACGAAAAACAUGCGACCUGGCCUUCAUGAUAGGAGGGACAUGCAUUGCAGUGGAUUGUUUUAGCGAAGAGCUUUGUCAGGCAGUCAAAGCGAGGCCCACAAAAUAUGAUCCUCAGAUAGCGUUUAUCAGGCGUCGGGAGCUUCAGAGACCGGCGAGAAAAGCAAACGUCUUGCCAACGGCGCCAAGCUCAGAAGUACCAACGAUGAAGAUACAUGAGAUAAUCAGCGACAAACUACCCCACCCCACCAUACUGAAAACAAGUACUUGCUCAGCCAGCAAAAUCUACCCAAACGUCACGCUACUAGGAGGGAUUAAAUCCGGGAACUUCACCUCACUUGGCAAGACAAAAAACAUGCAGGAGUGUAUUGGCAAGACAUGUGAACUUGGGCGCGGUGACCUGGCCUUCAUGCUGGGAAGCUAUUGUUAUUCCGUGUCUUGUUCUAGUGGCAGGGUAUGUCAGACGAUUCCUGCUCAACCAUCCAAGUUCUAUCCCAGGAUAGCUUUCCUUAAAUGGGCUCCGAAAAUAAACGAGACGGAGCUACUUGAGGACGAAGGCGCCGAUUACACAUCAAUCCCAAAAUGCACCCGUAGCCACAUUUUGUACAACCAUACUUUAUUAGGCGGUCUUAGGGCGGGAAACUUCACGCACAUAGCAGAAGUGGACAGUAUCGAGACAUGCGCAGCGCUGUGUUGUGCCGAACAGACAUGCGACCUGGCCUUGGUGCUGGGAGAGAACUGUUACGCAGGGGACUGUGCGAGUAAAGAACUUUGUGUUCCCGUACCUGUCAACCCAACAGCCAAUAGGGGCUCACAGAUUGCUUAUAUCACCUCAAGAAAAAAAGUAGAGGAACCCGGCACAGAUUGGAGUCUGUGGUAUAUCAUAGUUGGCUCUAUCGCUAUUGGUAUUGGUAUAACUGGAAUAAUGUGGACUGUCUGUACCUGCUGGCAUCGAGGACGGCGUUUGCGCCCAAAAGACGAACCGAGUGAUCGGUUCACCAUGAUGAAUCAGUGCGGCGACUCACCACAAGGAUUAGAAAUGCUACCACAAGGAUGGAAUCUUCAGCAGUUUGGUCAACAAUACAAUAAGUCAGGAAAUUUAAAGUGUUUGAAGAAUGGCCCGAUGUUUUUAAGUGACACUGAGAGUGAUUCUGAUGACCAUGACGAUACCGAGGUCCCACGUCGAAAUAGAAUGCCGUGGGUUAGGGAGCCGCAGUCCCUGAAGAAAUCCCUCGGUUACAACGGACCUCCACCUCCUUACACCGUGGAAAGAACUAACGGACCAAGCAUCGUUAGCUUGGAUGUUAAGGCAAGAAGAGCUAUGCAGAACUUAUAAAGCGAGCACUGACUAAAGAAAAAUGUUCAUGCACUGCAUCUCAUACAAGCCAUAGCUAUAGAGUUUAAGGGAGGGGGAUAUUCUUUACUUUUAGCAUGGUUUCAGACAAUUAACCGUUGUGGCGGCUUAUCUCAAACUAAACUGUUGAUAGGUGGUUCUUACAUAAAACUGAAGGUUUGGUUCACGAAUUAGUGACUGAAUGAUUGCUUUCUAUCUUAUACGAAAGAACAUGAUUUCUAGAUUCAUCCUCGUUGAAGAUGGGAAUGUUAUUUAACAUUCAAUCCUGUCACUAUCUUUGAAGUUCCUUUGAGUAAUGUUGGGCAUCAAGUAUCUAUGUCAUAGAGUUUCUAAAAAUAGAGUAGGCUGAGCCGUGAGCAGAAGUCUCUCCCAGUUUUGUUGCGCUCAACUCCACUUCAUCCAUGAUUGAGACGUUUGAGUUGCGAUAUGCUACGAAUUUCUACGAUACGUUCAUCUACAGAGUAUCGGCCCAGUGCGAUUUGUUAGUGCUACUUUCUACAGCUCAGGUCCCGCGCAAAUUGCAAUCCACUCGAGAUAUCUAACAGCUCAUCUUAUACUUGCAUUAUCAAUAAGGAGUUGGCCGUCUCAAAUUAUCAGAUGUUCCUCGCGGACAUGUUCCCCUAAUGUAGAAAAUGCAUUUUUGUAGGUUUUUGUACGCUAACUUUAGAUCUCAAUUAUGUAAAUAUGGAAUCUCCUUAACCAGGGGCGGAUUUAGGGAAUGGGGCAGGGCGUCACGGCCUCUGUUUGUUUAGGUAUUUUCGAAAAUUUCGAAGAGACUUCCUAGAAUUCUAUAAGAAGCAUCCCCAGGACAGGGGAAUG